AUGGGUACUCAGUUUCGUUUAACGAAAGAAGAGAGUGCAUUGAUGGAUGAAUGUCGAAAAACGAGCUUCUGGUAUCGAUCUGUACCAUUGAUGGCAAUUACAACAGGUGUUAUGACAUACCGACGUUUGAAUAGUCCAACAGGAAUACAGUUUUAUGGUUUGAAGUUAUCGGGAGUUAUUUUUGCAGCGUAUUUUUUUGGUAAAAUGUCUUAUGUGCCAGAAUGUCGCAAUUUGAUUCGUCAACGAUUACCUAAUUCAAAUCUUGCGCACUCAUUAGAUUCAAAACCAUAUGAUCUUAUUACUGAUAUGGCUGAACCUCCUGAAAUUGUUUCGAAAACAACAACAACGAAUAUAUUCGGUAGUUCUAAUAGCGAAGAAGAUCAACAAGACGAUUUCGUAUCUCCAGUUGAUACAUCGGACAAAACUGGUCCACGACGAUUUGUAACAUAUGAUGAAUUACGUCAAAAAAAUCGAACUGAACAUGCAACAAAAUUUUCUGGAACGAAAGUUCGAAAUGAUUCGCCUGCAACGAAUACACCACCAAAUGCGCCUGUACAAGAUAAUAAACGACCUGCACCAUUACCAAUAAUCUCCAAUGAACUAGCGCCAAAAUCAACCAGUACAAAUUCUUCUAAACGUUUGAAUGCACGCAAAAAUCAAUACGGCGAUGAAGUUUAUGAAUAA